AUGCAACCCCCGACGGCCGCUGUGUCCGCCUCUUCGAUGGAGUGCAUGAGCUCGUGCAGGGCCUCGUGGAAGGGGGUCGGUGGCGGGAGGCCGUACGAGUGCAGCGUGCUCUCCUGCGCCUGGAACGCGCCCCGCGCGCUGACUGGCUCGCUUGCCAGCACCACGCAGUGCUCCUCCUGCAGCCACGCUGAAGCCGGAGGAGGGUGGAGGCGGCGAGGGCGGUCGCGGCGGAGUAACAAUACCUUGCUGCACGUCACCUGCGCAGAAGACGUGAACAAAGGGAAGCUGUGUCAAGGUCCACCCGCUAGUUUUGUUUCCUCCGGAAAAAAAUUCGGAUCUUGGUCAACUCCAGUGGAAUCAACAUGGAAAGUUUCCUGCCAUUCGUCAUCUGAACCUUUGAACCUUGUUUCUCCGGAAACUUUGUGGGAGGGUCUCAGACCAGCCAUCUCAUACCUUCAACCUGAAGAGUUGAAUUUUGUACAUGAUGCUUUAAAGUUAGCAUAUGAAGCACAUAAUGGGCAGAAACGCAGAAGUGGGGAACCUUUCAUCAUUCAUCCCGUUGAAGUUGCUCGCAUUCUUGGGGAGCAUGAACUUGACUGGGAAUCAAUUGCUGCUGGUUUAUUGCAUGACACUGUCGAAGAUACUGACAUGGUUACAUUUGAAACAAUACAAAAUGAGUUUGGGGCAACAGUACGUCGUAUUGUUGAAGGGGAGACAAAGGUGUCUAAGUUAGGGAAACUUCAAUGCAAAAAUGAGUGUAGUUCAAAACAGGAUGUCAAAGCUGAAGACUUACGACAGAUGUUUCUUGCCAUGACAGAAGAGGUUCGUGUAAUCAUUGUGAAACUGGCGGACAGGUUGCAUAACAUGCGUACUCUUACACAUAUGCCUCAGCACAAGCAGUAUGCCAUUGCCAUGGAGACACUGCAGGUCUUUGCGCCCCUAGCAAAACUUCUUGGGAUGUAUCAAAUAAAGUCUGAGUUAGAAUAUCUGUCCUUCAUGUACAUGAAUCCUGGCGAUUUCACUGAACUAAGAAAAAGAGUCGAAGACAUCUUUAAGGCCCAUGAACAAGAAUUGGAAGAGGCAAAUAGAAUCUUAAAGCAAAAAAUCGCGGAGGAUCAAUUUCUUGAUCUUGUGAGUGUUGAGACAGAAGUGCGCUCGGUCUGCAAAGAACUUUACAGCAUUUAUAGAACUGCUCUCAAAUCCAAAAGUUCAAUUAAUGAGGUAAACCAGGUUGCUCAGCUCCGGAUCAUCAUAAAACCAAAAUCCUGCAAUGGUGUUGGGCCAUUGUGCACCGCACAGCAGAUCUGCUACCAUGUCCUUGGUCUUGUUCAUGGUAUCUGGACACCUAUACCUCAAGCGGUAAAAGACUACAUUGCAACUCCAAAGCCUAAUGGCUAUCAAAGUCUACACACUACAGUGAUACCAUUUCUGAAUGAGAGUAUGUUCCAUUUGGAAGUUCAGAUAAGGACAGAGGAUAUGGAUAUGAUAGCAGAAAGAGGCAUCGCUGCACACUACAGUGGAAGAGGGGUGGUUUCAGGGCCUGUUCGUCCUGGAAUAUCUAGUGGAAGAAAUUCAGAUGGGAAAGUGAUCUGCCUUAACAAUACGGGCUUUGCUUUGAGGAUUGGGUGGCUCAAUGCAAUACGUGAAUGGCAAGAAGAGUUUGUUGGUAACAUGAGCUCUCGGGAAUUUGUGGAUACUAUCACCAGAGAUCUUCUGGGAAGCCGUGUCUUUGUGUUUACACCUAAAGGCGAGAUUAAAAAUCUGCCCAAGGGGGCCACUGUGAUUGAUUAUGCAUACCUGAUCCAUACAGAAAUUGGCAACAAAAUGGUAGCAGCAAAGGUGAAUGGUAAUCUAGUUUCACCAAUCCACGCACUUGCAAAUGCUGAAGUUGUGGAGAUUAUAACUUACGAUAAAUUAUCUGGUAAGUAUGCAUUCGAACGCCACCAGCAGUGGUUACAACAUGCGAAAACUCGCAGUGCUAGACACAAAAUCAUGAAAUUCUUAAGGGAGCAAGCUGCUCUUUCUGCUACUGAAAUAACUGCGGAUGCAGUUAAUAACUUUGUCGCUGAUCUUGAAGAUGAAAGUGACAGUGAGCAGUUAAUUCCUAGCACUCAAAAUGGGGACUAUAAGUUCAAUUGGCAGAAGAUAUUAAGUUCCAACAAAUUAUCCUUUGCGAACAAGAAUAUUGAUGGCUUUUUCCCUGUUAACAAUGUUCACACUCCAAAGAUUAAUGGGAAGCACAACAAAACUGUGAAGGAACUUGGCAUCAAAAUCAAUGGUUCAACAAUUCGAGGUGAUAGCUCCACUGAGUUCAUGCACUCUGGCAUCCCCACCCGUAAGGAAAUUUUUGCUAGUCUGGAUCACUGGAAAUCUGGUAAAAUUUCUUCCUGGCACAAUACAGAAGGCAACUCUAUCCAAUGGCUUUGCAUAGUGUGUGUUGAUCGGAAAGGGAUAAUGGCCGAAGUAACAUCGGCUUUGACAGCUUGCGGAAUUACCAUAUGUUCUUGUGUGGCAGAGAGAGACAAAAGGAGAGGUAUGGGUGUCCUAUUGUUCCAUUUUGAGGGAACUAAUGAGAAUUUGGUCAGUGCUUGUGCCAGCGUUGAGAUGAUUCUUGGUGUUCUUGGUUGGUCUGUUGGGUGUAGCUAUAAUCCAUUGGGUGUGCUUGAGUGCUAGUGCGUCCCAAUCGCUGUGCUGCAUAGAUCACCUUUUGUCUCCACCUGAAUUGAGUAAAUUGUGGGAACACCAACGAAUCAGACACUUGGUUGUUCAGUCAGAUCUCGGUUGAUGAACGGUGGAACCCUUCUUUGUCAAAGCGAGAGUAACGGCAGAGGAAACUAGAACCAGAUAAUAUGCUUCAUUUGGAAGCUAGAGAGUGUACAUAGCUGAGCGAGUAGUAUACUGUUAGUGCAGGGAUUGGUUCGUUUUUAUACAAAAAGGCCUCCUUGAAUGACCAAAUAAAGGCUUCUUUUCUCUUUCCGCCCUUCCCUUCGGUGGGUUGCAUAUACAAGUUUUUGUGCCUGGAGUUUUGAUCUGGAAUGUCAAUGCCCCAAAUUUUGCCCUUGUCUGGACUGCUUGAUAAGUACUAUGAGAAAAUGUCUACCAAAAUGUCAGCUGGUGUUGCUCUGAGCUGCUUCUUCCAAAUAAUUUGGAGAUUGGCAUCUUUUUUUUUUUCAUGUAACCAAUGUUGACAAAUGGAUGAUCACACAGUAGCUGGUUUGUAGUGUGAGCAUGAGAAGAGAUGCUUUUGAAAGUAA